AGAAAGACAAACUCUGAACUAGUGCAGUCAGUUCAGCUAAAAAGAACAGACCUUAUAUCUCGAGAUAGGCGCGCAGCAGCUACUCGUAGUUGAUUGUUAGCGAUCGCGUAAGCAGCGCUGUCGCAUGCGUGUUAUAAGUCUGACGUACUAGUAAUGAAUUGGCUAAACCGUCGAAAUGACGAUCGGAAAGCUGCCAGUUCGUGUUCGUGCGUGAUUGCAUAUUGCAUCAGCCAUUAGCCAUUGUACUUUCUAGCCCUAAGCAUUGUCCGAUUGUCCGGAUCCCGAAGUGCGUGAAUUUUUAUAUAUUUCUGCUGUGAGAGAGAGAACAUCCGUAUAACAUUCAUCGAGAUUAUCGUCUUUGUUCAAUUUGCCUAAAUCGUUAUUGUUUGUUCAAUCACGCAAUCUUUUGGUCUCACAAGAUAGUGAUAUAUAAUAAAAGAAAGAGGAUUCUUCUAAUGACCUUGAGCAGAUCAUCUCUAACUAUUAACUUCGUUCUGUUUAUUUCCUCAUACAACGUUUUCUAAAGCAACAUUCCAAACAGUUGAGUGAGUCUACAAAAAAAAUUUACCAAGGACAAGGUACCAUAACAAAAAUUACAUAUAAUCCUGAUUUUGGCAUAUAUGAACAGUUCGAAUUGAAAGGUCUAGAUUGCAAUGUAGAGAAAAUGUUGUUGUUCCCAUACACUUCCUUACUUGCACCACAUCCUAUCCUGGAAACUAAUUUAAAUUCUAUUCCUGUAUAUGUCUUCAAGUAUGCACCUCUUGAUUCAUAAAUUUGGAUCUUCAAAUGAUAUGUCGUAUCUCUAUAAAGUCUGGUCUGCCGAUAGAAAAAAUAAAAUAUCACUUAUACUUCGUGAAUCAGAUGAUAUGCUAACAGAUCUUAUUACAAAAAGUAAUAUUAAACUUGGAAUUGUUGGUUCUGUUCUUGUCAUAGAGAAAGAUGGCACAAUAAUUGAUGACAAUGAGGUUCUAAAAUUUUGUUCCGGUGAAAUUUUAAUGUUACUACGACCAGAAGAAUCCUGGUCUGUACAAAAUGAAACUGCAGUUAUGUCUUCUGAUACUGCUUCACUCACAUCUAGUUUAAAUGAGGAAACUUUUUCGCCAUCAAAUUCGCUAUCUAUUUCAUCUCCAAUAAAUGAAAUAUCAAAUAAUAAACAAGUAGAACUUGAAUUUUGGAUAAAUUUUCAAAUACCAUGGAAUAAUUUAGAACCAACAGUGCUUAAAGAACUGCAAAAUGGAAGUCGCAGCAAAUAUGUAAUAAAUGCAGUUGUGAACCGUACCGUUUCUGAAAUGAGAAACGUUCAAGAAUUUAUACCAUCCAAAGCGUUUAAAAUAAUAGCUGAAAAAAUUGUUAAUAAAUACCCACAAACUUUUAAAGAUAUAAAUGAAGAUGGUACAUGUUUUGGCGAUGGAUUUCAUACCACAUAUUUAAAACUUCGAGACCGAAAUUGUUACUUAAAUAGGCCACAUAUGAAAAGAAGUCUAAGCCAAAGUUUAAAUAUACCUAUAAAAAAACAAAAGAAAGUAUUAUCCGCUAAAGCAGGAUGUAGUAAUUGGCAACCAGAAAAAUAUAUUGAUACAGAAACAGAGGAAACAAUUGAAGAAAAGACUAAAUUUCUAUGUCAAAUAGUUGACGAUGAUUCAUCAAGAAACGAUCUUAAAAUUCAACACAAAAUUAAUUCCUAUCUUGAAGCUACAUAUCCUGCGCAAAGAUUAUUUUUGAACAAUGUUCAUGAAAUACCUAGUAUCAAAAAUAUUAAAACCACGUGGCCGAUACUUUUACAAAAAAAAUUUAUGUUUUGGCAUUAUGAAAAACUAAUGGGACAUUCUAUAGAUCUUCUAAAGGAAGAAAUUAUAAAAAAACAAGAAAAAAUUCUCAAUUAUGGACAACAUAAAAAAUAUAAAGAUAUCAAUGAUUCUAAUAAUCCAACAGAGAUAAAAUUGAUACAAAUUAUAAUGAGACAUUUUAAAGAAGAUUUUGAAGGAUUAUUUAAAACAUAUCCUGAAGGAACAUCAUUGCAGGAUAUAAAACCACCAACUGUGGCACCAUGCAUCAUAAUCAUAAAUGACGCAGCAUGUCGAAUGUUUUAUUUAUAUAUAGAAAAUGUAUUGAUUGAGAGGACAUUUUGCUUUUAUGAAGCUUUGAAAAUGUUGAUGUCCGUAUAUUACAUUUUCAACAUGGAAUAUCCCAUAAAUUGUACAUGUACUUUAGAAUUUUUACAAAAGUACUUUUUAAAUAUUCAUCCACUUGCUGGUUCAAAAUCUCGUAGGAUAUCAACAAAAUACAAAGUAUUAUCACUCUUUAAUAAAUUAAGAGAAACGUCGAACAAAGAAAAUACUGCUACACACAAAUAGUGUAGUGUGUAUGUACAUAUGUAUGUACAACAACAAAACUGAUAAAGUUCUAUACAUUGCGGCAUCCUAUAAAAUAUAAAAUCCGAAAAAAUAUACGAUAUACGAAUGUAUCAAUGAAUGAAAGCGUAUCCUUAUGGAUACGCUAUAAUACCGAUUUUAAGUUGAGAUCGAAAUUUGACUUUAUCAGUUGGUUUCUCGCAUUCUUUCUAUUUAUAUUAUAAUUUAACCUAUCUAUGUAAUUUUUCGUAAUAAAAUACAUUCUGCAUAGAGCACAAUUCAUAAUUCAUGUCAUGCGGCAGAACCAUGCUGAUAAAAAACAACUUCGAUUUAAAGCGAAAAAAAAGUUUACGCGCAUUUCGGAAAUUGCGUGAUUUAAGUCAAUUUAGCGGGUACAUCAGUAUUACAACUUCGUGAUUUUAGGAUUAAAUGCAAUUUCCAAAGAUAAUAUGUUUAAACGAGAGAAAUCUUAAAAAGUUGAGGCAACUCGAUUAAACAAUAUGUUAUUAUCAACAGGCAAUAAUUUAGACAUAAGAUAUUUAAUAUAUUACUUACAAAAAGCUCAUUGCUUUUCAGAUGAUUAUAAAAGGAGCUUAUAAUUUAAGAUACGUAUUGUACUUUUAUGCUUUAUUAAGUGAUCUAUAAUGAGAUUAUAUUCCAAAGAUUUUUGAUACAAGUACGUAUUUGAGUUUAGAUAUAACGUGCGAUAAAAGUAGGGAGAUUUGUAAAGUCCAUUUUAGAUACAUAUUGGAUUUUUAUUUCGAGCAAAUUUUGAAAACUGCGUACUUACCACGUUUUUUUUUUUUUAAUUUUCCAUUUAUAUUCUGACAUGUCAAUAACAUGAUUACUAUUUUUUUCUUGCGAUGAAUAUUAAAGAAUCAAUAUUAUUUGCGACAAUUAUAAUCCACCACAAAAAAAUCGUUAGAUACUUUAGACAUAGAUUUACGAUGAUAUAUUUACU